AUGAAAAGACACUGUGCACUGACUUGUGUCCUUCGUUCUUGUGAACAGCUUCGUGAUGUCCUGAUUCGCCUCGAAGACACCAUCAUCUUUGGUAAGUCCCUGAUUGAACGCGCUCAGUUUGCGCGGAACGAAUGUACCUACAAGCCUGGAAUGUACGAAUACGAUGAUGGAUACAAGGGGUCGUUCCUUGGUUAUUUCUUGCAUGAGAUGGAGAAGGUUCACGCUCGGGUCCGUCGAUACACAUCUCCGGACGAAUACCCGUUCACUGCUCCAUUGCCAGAGCCGAUCCUGCCGACACUGGAAUUCCCAAAGAUUUUGCACCGGAACAACAUCAAUGUGAACAGUGAUAUCAUGGACCGAUACCUCCAGGAUAUCGUCCCCAAGAUCUGUGCGGAGGGCGAUGAUCUGAACUAUGGUUCCUCGGCGACGCGGGAUGUCGAGUGUUUGCAGGCACUGAGCAAGCGUAUUCACUAUGGCAAGUUCAUUGCAGAGGCAAAGUUCAUGGAUCCAAAGGAGCAGAGUACGUACAUCCGACUGAUCAAGGCCAAGGAUCGGGAGGGGAUCAUGGAGCUGCUCACGAACAGGACUGUGGAGGCUGCGCUGUUGAGGAGAUUAAGGCGCAAGGCCAUGAUCUACGGACAUGAUAUCACGGAGAGCGGCGAGAUCGUGCUGGAGGACAGUGGGCGCGAGGACCAGAAGCUACAGCAGAACCAGAAGAUUCGGGCGGAUGUGGUCGUGGAUCUGUAUGAGCGCUUCGUGAUCCCGUUGACGAAGGAGGUCGAGAUCGAGUACCUGUUGCACCGGUUGGAUGGGUGGCAAGCCCCCGAGGGCACGAAUGGAGCGUAG